AUGGCUGAUGCCAGCAAGUAUCAAAGUGAUGCAGGUAACUCUGUUUCUAAGGAGUUUGUCCAGACGCUGUACUCUCAUGAGUUUGCCCAGCUAGUACAUACCCCAACCCGAGGCAGCUCCAUCCUUGACUUGGUCUUCUGCAAUCGCCACUUCCUAGUCUCAGGAGUCAAUGUUCUGCCACCCAUUGGUACCAGUGACCAUGCCACUGUUCAGUUUCUACUUAACAUUUAUAAACCUGACCCACAAGUUGCAUGGUUAGGGACUUCUCCCGAGUUGGAUUGGCGGGCUGUCGGAGAUUACCUCGGAGGCGUCGACUGGAUUGUGUCAAGCGGGGUACAGAUCCCUUCCCGGGUAUUUAGAUCGUAUGAUUACUCGUUGCGUUUACUCGAAAGCUUGGAUAAGGCCCUUGCGAAAUACUAUGCAAGCGUUGAGAAUAAAAUAAUCGCUUCAAAGUUCACGAUUGUUUGGUUUCAUGGGGAGGAGAUAUAUGAAGUUCUUUCUGCUUGGCCCACCUCUCCUUCUAUUACCCCUGACUUCAUCCCUUUUAAGUUCAUCAAAAUGGUACUGAACCAUCUACUCUAUCCCCUUGAGCAUCUCUUCAAUUUGUCUUAUUUGAGGGCAGAGGUACCAGAUCGUUGGAAGCACUCUUUAGUCACACCGGUUCCCAAAAAAGCCCCUACAAUCGCUAUCAAAUUGUCUGUCAUCUUCGCUAUGUCGGGUCCACUGGUCGAUUUACGUGUGAGGAGCGAUAGGACGGCUGCCCUCGAGGCUCUUCGGAAUCUCUGGAGCUACCCACAUUUUGAGACCUUGCAUCUUGAGGGUUGCCAGCUGACUGACCAGGACAUCGAAAACAUUCACGCGGACAAUUCUUGCAUCAAAUAUGUUUGCCUUCGCAACAACCUUUUGGCCCAUCCUUGGCUAGCUUUGAAAGCCAAGCUUCCAGCUGUCACUUAUUUGGAUCUCAGAGAGAACAGGUGCCUUUUUCAAGGUUUACGACCAUCGCCUUACUACUACCGCAUUAUCGGCUACUGUUUAUUUAGGUGGUUGUUUUUGAAUGCGCAAGAGAUGAAGGGAUCGCAUUUCCCUCACGUCGAGCAAUUAUUUCUGAGCAGACCAUUGUCACAGUAUGCAUCUUUGAGUUGUUGUUGUUGUCUGCAAGUUGUUCGCAAACGGAAUCCCUUCUCUUCAGAAGUGAAGAUGCAGUCCAGGAAAUCUUCCCAAAGAUCGCCAAGAUCCACUACUCUACCGAUAACUCCCCUUUCAUUUCAUUUCCGCUAG